AUGCCACGAAGAAGAUGUUCUUCACCAAUAAAUACUACCGCUAAUAAUGUUAUUACUAAUAAUCACAGUAAUAAUAAUCAUGGUAGAACAAUAAAUACAUCGUCAAGUCAUCAUCAUAAUCAUCAUCAUUCAACACAUAAUAAUUUAAGAUUUCGUGGAGGAAGAACAAACAAUGGAAUUUCGCCUAAUCAUAAUCGACUUCUAGAUACAUCACAAGAAACACAAGAUUGUCAUGUAUCCUCUACAACUACUAAUCUAAUGCAAGAAAUUCAGAGUUUUCCAAUUGUUACCACAUUACAACUUCAACAAAAUGAUCCAGAACUAGAAGCUGACAAAAAGUUUAUUAUGAGUCAUCCACUUUAUCCUCUGUUGGCUUUAUUAUUACAACAAUGUGAAUUAGCUACAGCUAGACCUGAUUCACCACCUCCACUAGAUACUUUUAAUACAGAAUUAAUUUCAUAUAUUCAACGUCGAAUAGAAUUACAACAACAAACAGAAAGUGAUCAUAAUGAUGAAAAUGAAAUGAAUGAAUUAAAAUCAAAUUCAUUAAAAUUGAAUCGUGACAAAUUAAAUAAAAGUAAUGAAAAAUAUAAAAGUACAGAAGAUAUAAUCAAUAUCACUGAUAGUAAUAAUACUGUAAAAACUACUAUUUCUUCGAGAUAUAAUACAAAUCAUUCAUUAAAUAAUCAACUUUCAACAACUACUAUAACACAAACUACAAAUGCUAUAUCAUCUAUUAAUACUACUAAUAAAACUAAUUCAGUAACAAAUGUACGAAAUAUUAGUGAUUGUUUUUUAUCUAGUAAUAAUGUAAAUAAUGAUAUAUCCACAAAUUUUGUAUAUAAUAAUAAUAAUGAUAAUAGAAAUCGUAAAUUAUUAAAAUGUGAUAAAUCAAUUGAUCAUAAAAAUAAUUCCAAUUACGUAGCAAAUGAUGAUGUUGAUCCUGAUGCUGAUGAUGAAUUAAGAAAAUUAAAUUGUACAUUUAAUGAUGAAAGAAGAUUUCAAUUUUUAAGUAAUAAUACUGAAUUAAAUGAAUUAAUCGUUAAAGCUAUACAAGUAUUACGUAUACAUUUAUUGGAAUUACAUAAAGUAAAUGAAUUAUGUAAAGAUUUCUGUUCCCGGUAUAUUUACAGUUUAAAAUCAAAAUUUCAAUCAGAUCCACUUAUUCAUGAUUCACAACCAUCUUCACCUGGAGAAUCUGAAGCUGUUUCUCCAGUUGCACCGGGUUGUUACAAUCCUCGUUAUCCUCAUCAUCACCACCAUCAUAUGCUAGGACCAAAUUUAUCCUGUCAUCCUGGACCAACUGAUAUGAUUCCACCAGGAUAUCAACGUCAUUUAUCCAGUCGAUUAGAUGAUGAAUCUUUAUGUGGUUCAUCUGAUGUAGAAAAUCUUCGUUCAGAUUGUUUACAUUCCAAUUCACUUCCCAAUAUUCGUACAGGUUAUGAUAUGAAUGGAUCAUGCUAUACUCCAAAUUUUAAUAUGGCUAAUUAUAAUUCACCUUAUUUUAUGGAUAAAUCUAUUGUUCAAGAUGGUUCAGUUUCAUGUGAUGAGUCACUAUCCCAGCUGCAUUCAUUUCUUUCACCAUAUGGAUCAACUGCUUUAAGUAGUGCAGCAUUUCAUGCUAGUUUGGAUGGACUAUGUGUUGGUGGAAAGCAAAAACGUGGUGUACUUCCCAAACGUGCUACUCAAAUUAUGAAACAAUGGCUAUUUCAACAUCUUGUGCACCCUUAUCCAACAGAAGAUGAGAAAAGACAUAUAGCAGGCCAAACAAAUUUAACGUUAUUGCAAGUAAAUAAUUGGUUUAUUAAUGCAAGACGACGUAUUCUGCAACCAAUGCUAGAUUCUUCGAAUUUUGUACCACAUGGAAACAAUUGUAAUAAUGUAGAUGGAUCAUCAGAUAGACUGUCCAAUUCCAUGGGUUGUAAUGAAUCACAUGUUAUUAGUAAGAAGAAAAAAGCUGCAACAAGCAGACCUUCAAACAAUCGAUUUUGGCCAGCAAGUUUGGUUGCUGCAGCCGCCAUACAUCCUGCAGCAGCUGGUUUAGUGUCUUCUGGUAGCAGUAAUUUUACCGCUGCAGUCAAUUCAGGCAUUAAUAUUACAAAUAGUAGUCACAGCGUCAAUACAAACCCAAAUACAACACGAACUGAUUAUCGUAUAUCAGAUGGAAGACCUAAUUCUUUAGACGAAGUAAUCAGUGACACGUCAAUAAGUUCAACGCCGAAACAACAAGGCGAAUGUGCUUACACUCCACAAACGUAUGACUCAUCAUCUGUCACACUACCUCAAAGUCCUGGACAUAAUCAAAAUUUUGAUUGCAAGCUUUCAUCUGAUUUGUGGAAUCUAGAUACACGAAUGGAUUUACUGAAUUCACAGAAAUUUUAUUUCAAUUUUCAAUCUGGUGUAUCGUCGACAAAAGUUCGGUCAAAUAUAAAUGACAAUAUUAGGGAAAUGUGCAACAAUAAAGUCCUUCAAAACGGAACUAAUUCAUCAAGUUUAUCAAAUAAUAACCCUUCAUUUACAUCAAAUCCAAGCCAUUGUUUGAAUCCAUUCAGCUCCACUCCUACAGUGAGCACAGAUUUAACACAAACAAUGUCAGGUAAAUAUGAUUCAAUACAUGAAAAUUUAUCGAUAAAACAAUCUGAUGAAACUAUUAAACGUUUGACUCCAUUAUUAUUAUCAUCAAUAUCAUCAUCGUCAUCAUCAUCAUCAUCAACAUGUUCUACCUCAAAAGAUAUUGAUCAAUGUAUAGAUAGUGUUCAACAAAAGCAAAAUAAUAAUAGAAAUGAGAGAAUAGAUAAGAAUUAUGUAAUGAAUAAAUCGAUCAAUAAUAAAACGUCAGUAGAUAAUAAUUUAUUCAGAAAUGAAAUAAAUAAUAAUAAUAAUGAUUUAAUUCAUACAAAAUCUGAACGUAAUUUUCAAGAAUUUAGUCCUGUUCUACAAAAUUUACCAAUAGAAUCUAAUAAUAAUGGUAAAAUGAAUUUAUUAGCCAAUAGAUUAUUAGAGUCGGAUUUAAUCAAUAAUAAUAAUAAUAAUAAUAAUAAUAAUAAUAAUAAUAAUAAUAAUAAUGGUAAUAAUGAUAAUACUAACAAUACUUUGAAUAAUGAUCGAGAUCAUUUAAACACAUUAAAUAAUGAUGAUUCUUAUGGAAUACAAUCACAAAAUGAUUCAACAAUUCCUAUGAUGAUGAUGAUGACAAAUUCAUCAUCAAAUUAUCCUCAGAACUAUUCAUCAAUGCUAUUAUCACAUGCACAAAAUUAUUCGAAUUAUUUAUCUAAUAAUAUAAACAACUCAAAUAAUUUAUUAUCAUUUGAUGUACAUUCGAACAAUUUGAGGUACAGUCAUACUAACAAAAAUAAUAAUAAUGAUAGUCUGAAUCAGUUAAAUUAUACAUCUCAUUCAUAUCCUAAUAUUAUUAAUAAUCCAACUGGAAGACCAAAUUCCGGAUUUAAUCGUUCAGUGGAUUUUUCUACAUCAGAUGUAAAUGAUACUCCUGUUACAUCAUUUUCAACAAUUCCAUUACAUCAUCAACAACAACAUGAUAAUUUAUCGUCAUCUAUACAACAGAAAACAGAAUUAUCAUGUUAUCUAACUGAUCAAUGGUCAAAUAUUACCCCUAUAUCAACUAAUCAAUUUACAAAUAAUUUAAAUACUAUAAAUCAGUAUACUACAUUUCCUUCAAGUUGGACAAAUAAAUUAAAAAGAUUUAAUUCUUCUGUAUUACAAAUAGAUAAUGGAAAUAUUGAUUCAUUGUCUGGUUCAUCAGACGAAGAUAUUCAACAUCAUCGACAUUCUCAUCGGCAUUUGGAAUCAGAAAAUGAACAGUUUAUGCAUUGUUUACGAGGUUCUACUCUAUUAAAUCGUAAUGAAGAAACAAAUACUGAUCAGUCAUCGAUUUUACAUAGUGCUAAUCAUCAAUUAAUUUAUAAUCUUCCCAGUGAUAUGAAUAAUCUGAAUUAUACACAUACAGAGUUAGGCAUACAAGAGUCAUUGAAUUCUAAAUCAAUUUAUCCAGUCCAGUAUAAUCAACAUCAUCAUCACCAUUCACAAUAUGACACUGCAAUCCCAACUGGUAAUAUCGGUGAUACAUGCACAGAAAAUGAUGAUGACGGUUGUGAUAAUAAUAAUAGUAACGAUAUCAAUAAAAGCAGUUUAUCAUUUUUUAAAUCACCAUCAACAGGUUUAAUGACGAAAUCUACUUCUACAUUUCAAUAUCAUAAUUCAUAAAAAGUCAGAAUUCAUUUACUGUUCAUGUUUUACUCCUAAAGUUUUUAUUUUAUUUUCUCUUUCUUUACUUCCCUUCCCUCUUUGUGUUUGUACAUAAGUAAAACUUGGAUAUUUCAUGAGGCAGAAAUCAUUAUAUAUAUAAAUAUGAACAAAUAUGUAACUUUUCUUAAACAUGAUAAUUGACUGAAUAACAACAGUUACUAUGAACACUACUUACUGCUCUUUUUCUUUCAAAUGAAAACGUCUCUUUCAUUAUUAUUAUUAUUAUUAUUAUUAUUCUUUCAUUGUAUUUUAUGAACAAGUCAAAUGUUUCUUUUAAGAAUAAAAACAAAAACAAUACAAACCUAAACACGAAUUGGUUGUUGAUAGAUAAUUAUGUUUGUUUUCAGUUAGAUUGUAUGAUCAUUAGUAUCAAUUACAGAGUAUAAACACAAACUAAAACGAUUUGAUAACUGCCAGAAAUUAUGUAAAAAUUUUUAAAAUUAUAAUAUCAUUAUUACCUAAAGUGUUUCCAUGAAUAUAUAUAUAUAUAUGGCGUAUUCGAUGACAAAUGACUAUGAAAACAGUAAAAUGUAAUGAAAUGAAACAAUUUAAUGAGGAAUUAUGUCAUAACGAAGAAUGAAACAUUUAGUGACAUAUUGUAUAAUACAAUAAUGAUUAUAAUUGAAUUGAAUGAUACAUUGAGAAAAUAAGAAUGAAAUUUCAUUAGUUGUUUGUUUGGUUUAAGGAUUUUUGUUUGAGACAGUUUUUAGUUUUUAUCUCUUUAUUUGUUUUUUUGUUUGUUUGUCUUUUUUUUCUUUCUGUCACAAUUAACUUAUUUCAAACGGAGAACAGGGUACUUAUUAUUAAUAUUAGUAACCAUCAAAGUUGUUGUUAUUAUUAUUAUUAUUAAUAUGAAUAUUAAUAAAGUUGGAAAAAAGAGAACAGAAUGGCUAGUGAAUUUUAUUACUAUUAUUAUUAUUAUUACUAUUAUUAAUUCGUUAUUUUCAUUAUUAUCAGUUUGAAAUAAAUUCAUUCAUUAACAAAAUUGACUUAAUUGUCUACAUAUUUAUUUUACUACUAGGUACAAAUAUAAGUAGUUUAAAUCAAUUUGUGAAAAUUUGUUACAAGUGCUUUAGUGACGAUUGUUAAGUCAGACUAAAAUAUACAUUGACUUUGAUUAAUUGUGGUAGUUUAUUUAGACAGAAAGAAUAUAAAAUUAAUUACACAGCUAUUGGAUAAUAAUCAAAUCAGUAAGAGAAAGAAUUUUGGCAAAGAGACACAAUUGGUCAUUUGUCUAUUGCUUAAAAUUGUUG